UUCUCAAUGAGCAGAAAAUGUGGAAAAGAGCUCUGAAUCUGAAUCUCCAACAACGCGGACUCAUCUUGUCCUUCUCCUCCUCUUCUGAAGCUGAGACCCCAUCUCUCUAUUCCUUCCUCCAGCCUUCCUUAUUCUCCCACCCCAAAAAUACCCCUUCAUCUCCUCCGCCGCAACCGCCGCCAUCGCCGCCGCAGACCUUGACCCAAGAACUGAAAACCUCCCUCGAGUCCGCCCUCCACAAGUCCGUCCUUGUCCACAACACCGAUGACGCCUGGAAGGCCUUCAAGGCUCUCACCUCCCACUCUUCCUUCCCCAGCAAGCCCCUCGCCAACUCCCUCAUCGCCCACUUGUCCUCUUUCGCCGACACCCACAAUCUCAAGAGGGCUUUCGCCUCCGCCGUCUACUUCAUCGAGAAAGAUCCUGGAUUGGUCGAGUUCGGAACCGUCUCGGCGCUGCUGGAGUCCAUGAGACGGGCCGGAGCGGCGGCCCCGGCCUUUGCUCUGGUCAGGAGCAUGUUCAAGAACAGGUACUUCAUGCCCUUUGAGCUUUGGGGCAAUCUGCUUGUUGAGAUAUGUAGGGAGAAUGGUCAGUUUGUUGGGUUUCUGCGGGUUUUCAAGGAGAGUUAUCGGGUUGCUUUGGAUGAGAAACUGGAUUUUAUGAGGCCCGACUUAGCCGCUUGUAAUGCGGCAUUGGAGGGGUGCUGCCGGCACCUCCAGUCGGUGACUGAUGCGGAAAAGGUGGUGGAGACUAUGUCAAUUUUGGGGGUGAGGCCCGAUGAGUCGAGCUUUGGGUUUCUGGCUUACUUGUAUGCCAUCAAGGGGCUUGAGGGAAAGAUAUCAGAGUUAGAGAAUUUGAUGGGUGGGUUUGGUCUUUUGAAUAAAAGGGUGUUUUACAGUAAUCUGAUUAGCGGGUAUGUUAAAGUGGGUGACUUUGAAUCUGUUGUGGGAACUGUUCUGCGGAGUCUGGGAGAGAGCAGUGGGGAAGAUGCAAAAUUUGGUGAGGAGACUUUCUCUGAAAUAGUUAAAGGUUUUCUCAAGAAUGGUAGUAGCAAAGAAUUAGCACAUUUGAUCAUCGAAGCUCAAAAGUUGGAGGCUGCUGAAAUUGAGGUCGAUCGUUCAGUUGGGUAUGGCAUAGUUAAUGCUUGCGUUAAUCUUGGGCUGUCAGAUAAGGCACACAGUAUUGUUGAUGAAAUUAACAUUCAAGGUGGUUCUGUAGGGCUUGGGGUCUAUGUGCCAAUCCUCAGGUCUUACUGCAAAGAGCAUAGAACAGCUGAGGCUACUCAGUUGGUCGAGGACAUCAGCAGUUCGGGGCUUCAAUUGGAUAUGGGGACCUAUGAUACCCUGAUAGAAGCAUCUAUGUCGAGCCAAGAUUUUCAGUCGGCUUUUUCACUGUUCAGAGAUAUGAGAGAUGCUAGAAUAAGAGAGUUGAAAGGGAGUUACUUGACUAUAAUGACGGGCUUAAUGGAAAAUCACCGGCCAGAGUUGAUGGCGGCCUUCUUAGAUGAGGUUGUUGAGGAUCCUCGGAUUGAAGUGGGUACUCACGACUGGAAUUCUAUAAUCCACGCCUUUUGUAAAGCUGGAAGAUUGGAAGAUGCUAGGAGAACUUUCAGAAGAAUGGUGUUUUUGCAGUUUGAACCGAAUUGUCAAACAUUUUUAUCCCUUAUCAACGGGUAUGUAACGGCGGAGAAAUACUUCAGUGUCUUGCUUCUGUGGAAUGAGAUUAAAAGAAAGUUUGUUUCAGCUGACAUAGAGAAAGGGAUUAAAUUUGACCACAGUUUGGUUGAUGCAUUCCUUUAUGCGCUGGUUAAAGGUGGCUUCUUUGAUGCGGUCAUGCAAGUGGUGGAGAAAUCUCAAGAGAUGAAAAUUUUUGUGGACAAGUGGAGGUACAAGCAAGCUUUCAUGGAGAACCAUAAGAAGCUCAAAGUGAACAAAUUAAGAAAGAGAAACUACAGAAAAACGGAGGCACUGAUUGCUUUCAAGAAUUGGGCAGGUCUAAAUGCUUGAGAUGUUACUUUGUCAUCUCAUUAUUCACUCACGAACUUUGAUGGUUUCAUGUGGCUGAUGAUUAUGAUGCAAAACUCAAAGAAAGUGGAAUUGCUGAAGUAAUGUAAGUCUCAGAUGAUCCUUGCCUGCAGAUGAUCCUUGCCUCACUUUCACAUCUAGAAGAUAUGGCAGGUCUU